AUGGAGAAAGCCAGCACCGAGACGGAGGGUACAACUACUCAGAGGUUUUUGGCGUUCGCGGAGGUCAACCAGGCGAGUCAGGUAGGUGUCGAACAAUGGCCUUCAAGGUUUGGUUUGGCCAGUGCACAUAUUGUGCUUCUGGCAGUGCUGAGGGCUGCAACAGCGAGAAGUCGGGGUUGGUUUGUUGUUAUGACUGCAUCUGCGCAUGCAGGCGCGCGACGGGCGCUCUCUAGGGGCCCUUCGCUAGCCAAAGCGACUGCCCCCAGAGUGGCCAGCCUGCCGCCUACAGCCAAAGCAGCAGCGCCCAGCAAGGCGGGGGAAGCCAUCAGGAAAGGUCUGUCAGAGGAACGUCAGACGCCGAAGGAGAAGGCAGCGACUGUUGUUGAGAGGGUCGGCCUGGCUAAAAAGGCAGCUCCGGCCCUCCGUAAGGAGGGAAAGGCAGAAGGUCCAGGCUACACGGCCCGCUUGGGGAGUGUGGCGGAGAAGAAGGCAGCGAGCACAGAGGGAAAGGCAAGUGAGUUUGCUAAACGGUUGGUUCCAAAAGAGGCGCCUCCUAAGGCCAUGGAAGACGCUGGGAGUGGUGCUGCUGAGAAGAAGCAAGCGGAGGCGACGCUUCCUCAGCCGAAGGCACCGGCAGGCUUACCCCCGAGCAAGGAUGUGCUUGCUGAAAAAAGCGUCUCUGCAGAGAAGCUGGAGGCAGCAGAGGAGGCCGAGAGGCCUCCUCCUGCGAAGAAGACGGUUGUCAAGAAAGCCUCUGCAGGCUCUGCGUCUUUGGACCUGCGAAAGGAGGACUCCGUGGGCUCGGAGGCGAAGGCGGAGAAGAAGGAGCCGGAAGGCGGAAGGGGGGUUGUGGCAGAGCGCGAAGCGGAAGCAGGAAAGCAAGCCAAAGCGGAGGGGACGGAGACAGCCGCACUGGAGGCGGCCGAGAGGAAGGGUUCCAAGGAGCUCACCUCCUUCGAAAUCGCGAUGAAAUCCGCUGAGUUGGAGAUAGCGAGGGGGGGGUCCUCCGGUGUCUCGCAGGAGCCUGCGGGAGCGAAGGCGACGUCGGUUAGGAGGUCUCCAGGGCCCGCGGUGAAGGCACUGGCGGCUGUGAAGGCGGAGGCAGCAGCUAAGAAGGCCCUUUCGAAGGGGCCCCUUCCUGACAAAGGCGUAGAAGGGCGAGAGGGUGUGGCUCCGGGGGAGAAAGCGGCUGACGAGGACAGACAGGAAGCCAAGAGAGACGUCCCGAAGAAGGCUCCUCCCAAGGCUUCGGUGAAGGCCGUAGUCAAGAAGGCGGCCCCUGCGGCAGCAGCAGCGUCGAAGGAGCGGGCUGGAGAUGAGGAGGAGGCGAAGGGGGCAAAGGAGGAGAAGCCGUCGGGUGCUCUUGCGACGAGGGGGAUCGUGCCGAAGGCAGUUCGUGCACCUGCUCCGAAGGGGGCAGCCGCCAAGAAGGCUGCCGAAGUCUCCUCCAAAGACUUGGCAAAGGCCGAGGACGAAGCUUCCGAGCUGGUUCUUGCGGAAGGCCAGCUGGAGAAGCAAGAGGCAGAAGAGAUCUCAGGAACGCUCUCGGAGACCUCUUCCAAGGCGGCGGCGGCGAAGGGGCCUCUCGAGGUCGAGAGUGCCGCUAAGGGACUGGCCGGUUCGCCUCGCCAGAAGGAUUCACAGGAGGGGGGCGAAGGGGCCCCCUCCGCGAAGAAGGGAGCUCCUCCUGCGGGCAUUCCGAGGACCCUCGCCAAGGCUGCACCGAGGGCCCCCUUGAGUCGCGUCGCGACGAAAAAGGCAGCGCCGCCCCCUUCUGCUACUGAGGCCGCUGCUGCAGCAGAGGCUUCGAAGGCGCAGAGGCCAAGCGAGGCUUCUCGAGCGGGAGCGGCUCAAGAAGCGGAGGCGAUGGCAGAGGCGAAAAGUUCGGAAGCGGGUGUCAGUGAGGUGGCGGAGGGCCUCAUGGGUCCAGAGGGGCCGGGGGAAGAGGGGGCGGAGGCAGCCGCUAAGCGGGGGGGGAGUAGUGUGAAGUCUCUUUCGCCGUCAGGGAGGGGAUCGCCAGCAAGCGCAAGCCUCGGAAGCGGUCGUAAGCGACCAGAAGGCGUCCCUCCUUUGAGGGGGCUGCCUUCGAGGGAUGCUGAAGGCCGACUGGUGCUCCCCAAGAGGACCCCCUCUGUGCCGCAGGAGGCGGUAGAGAAGGCGGCGCUCGAGCGUCAGGCUUCGGCCGCAGAGAGCAGCGAGAAGGAGACAGUGGGCCCCUCAGAAAGCGUCUCUGGCUCUGGAACUGAGCCGCAAAAGAAGCUGAAAAAGCCCAAGGGGGAAAAGAAAGAGAAGGCUGAGAAGGCCGAAACGGCGCAGAAGGCAAAGGAGAAAGAAACGGCCGAAAAGGCCUUGGAUAAGACCAAGAUAACAUCUUCCGGCAAGAUCUCGGCAACUAAGAAAGAAAAGUCACCACUGGUUCAAACAGAGCAACACGACGCUGCAGCGCUGAGCAGGAAGGAGUCGUCACCCCCUCUUGGGCUUGCUGUUGAUCAGAUAAGCAAAGCCUCUGCGGGUGGGGAGGCGGCAGCUGAGAAGGGGGCCGCUGAGCGUUUGGGGGAGACCUCGAAGUCUUCUGCUGUGUCAGUGAGAGGGCUCUUGACUUCCGACGCUACGCACGGCGGCGCCAUGGCUACUGAGGGAAAAGCCGUAUCCGGGGAGUUACGCCGAGAAGGCUCCGGUGUAAGUCCGCAAGCAGAAGGCGGGCUAGCCGCCAAACAGCCGGUGUGUGGCGUGGAGGAAGAGAUCCUGCAAAAGGGGCUGUCGUUCAAACAGUCCGUCUCCUCACCGCGUGUGGAGGAAAAAGCCUCCGAGGAUGCCUCUUCCAACAUCAUAGCCAAGCGCUUUGCUGCCCUUGGGAGCUUUGGCCCCGCGGACGCUGCAGGGCACCCCACCUUGCAGGAACCGUCGAAGCUCUCAUCACUGCCUGCCUUCCCACCCUCACCUCCCCCGGAGGCGCCUUUGGGGGCCUGCGCAUUUGAUGCUUUUGCUGCUUUCUCUGUCGCAGUGUCUGCCCUCCCGUCUAAGCUUUUGUCACACGGCAAAGAGGAGGGCACCCAGUUGGCACCUGCGCCUCCUCACACGUGGUUUGAGACUCGCAGUGCAGUGCCAGAGCUUCUUGAGAGGCGGCUUAAGAGCCCGGCGUUGCAGAGUAGAUUGGAGCAGCACUCUGCGUAUAUGCAACAGAAAGGAGUCCCCUGGAGGGCCUCCGACAGGUCCCCGGCGAGACCUUACGGAAAGAAAGCAGGAGCAUCGCCUUCAGAUCGAUGCCAAGAAGCAGUGAGCCAACUCGUCAGCAGCGCUUCAAGGUUUAGGGUUUGCCGUUGUUUUUGGGGUGCGGGGGGAGGGGGGGAGGGCCCUGUAGCUCGCAGUCGAGAGCUUGGCGCACGUGGUGGCAGGACGUGCGGAGUCUCUAGGUUGCGGAAGCUUUGCUCUUUGCCGUUUGCAGUUAGGGCUUGUGUGCUUGUGUCUACUGGCUGGGCGUCCUGCAGCUCUCGCCGUGAGGCGUCGGCGCAGUCUCGUCACUCUACAGAGAAAGCUGACGGGGGAGCUCGACAAGCCUCACAGGAGGUGCCGGAGCGUCCGCUGACACUGGCGGGGGCCCCUUCGCAAGAGACUGCAGUGGGAGGCAAAUGGGAGGAAUACAACAACUUGGCAGAGGGCUCCCAACAGGAGGGCCUCGCCCAGGGCUACUAUGAUGAACAGGGCAACUGGGUGGCCCCUGCACCAGGAGGGGCUGCAGGGGGAGGGUACUGGGAUGAGAGUGGCAAUUGGGUGGGUACGGGAGGUGGCUAUUAUGGUCAGGAGGGUUACGUGCAGCAAGCGUAUGCGGGGUACUACGACGAGCAGGGCAAUUGGGUGCAGCAAGGGGAGCAGCAGGCGCAGCAAGCGUAUGCGGGGUACUACGACGAGCAGGGCAACUGGGUGGCAACCUCUGCGGAGCAGCAGCAACAGCAGCAGCCACAGCAAGCGUAUGCGGGGUACUAUGACGAACAGGGCAAUUGGGUGCAGCAAGGGGAGCAGCAGGAAGGAGGAUAUUGGGGUGCAGACGGCAACUGGACCGAGGUCUGCAUGCCGGGGAACCAAAGUUCGAGAGAGUUUAGAAACGGAGCUUCAGGAAAGUGGCGUUGGAGUUGCUGGCUACGACGGAUGAUUAAAGGCGAGCAAAGCUGCCCAUCAGAGGGUGCUAGGAGAAGCGGUGAGCAAAAGGCAUACCGAGCAGUUAUAGUCAGCCUUUCAGUAGAAAAACAAAACUAA